GCCUCCCAGCCGCCGCCACUCACUCUCCCUUGUUUUCUCGGGAGCUUGUCCCAUCACCGCUGAUUCCCUCCUUCAUCGGGAUCCCCAUCCCACCAACCACCACAGCCGAGCGCCUCCACCUUGCUUUUAGCGCCGCCCAACCAGAUCACAGCCUCCUUCUCCUCUUGCCGAGCCACCACACCCGCAGACUCGCUGCCGCGAGCCUCCUGUCCCGAUCGCGCAAGCCUCCUCAUUCCUCCAUCCCGCGCAGGAGCUCGUUCCCGAGCUCAGCUGCGUUCACGCCCGAUUACCGCGCUUCUGGAUUCCACCGACCCCGUGCAACACGAGCUCCCUCACAUGGUGCCCUUGUGCACUGGGCUCUUCAUCAACCCCUGCAUCGCCUGCAUCAAGCCGCCGCCGCGCCAGUCGCCAAGCCAAGCCGCCGGAGCGCAGGACUCUCCCGCACCUCGUCGCCGAUCGGAAUCGUGCCUCCUCCGUCGUCCCCGCGCUGCACUCCGCUGUUGCUUCCCCUGCGACCCGAGAGCGUUGCCUCCUCUGCUUCGAUGCAGGAGAACGACGGCCUCGCUCGUGCGCACCUGCAGCGCCAGCAGGACUGUGCCGAUCCGCUGUCCCAAGGCCAAGCAGCCGGCUUGCCCUGCUCCUGCCUCCCCAGAUCACCGUUGCGCAGGCGCCCUUCGGUCCCCGCGCUGCCGGCGAGCUUCAUCAGGCCCCAGGUCGCGUGGCCAUCGCACUCUUCUUCCUGCUUUUCUGUUAUGCUCCUUCCUCCCUGAUAAAUCCCUCUCCCUCUCUUUCUUCAAGUGCACAGGAAGUGCUCUGCCGUCGUUGCUGUUCGCCGGAGCACCGGUGCCCCGAAUCCGCCGUGGCGCUGUCGUCCCGAGCUCCUCCCGCAUCCUUGCCUUGUCUGUGCAGCUGCGCCGCUGCCUGCCUUCGACCCCACUGCUCGAUCCCCUGCUUCAGGACCGAGACGACGAACGCUGCCGCCGCGCGUUGACCCGCGCCUGGGUCGCGUCCAGCAUGCCAAGGCCCAGCGCGCCCCUCCUGCAGCCUCCCUUCCAAUCGGGCCAAGGCCCAUGGUUCCGAUAACUACGCGUUUGUGAGGAUCUGUUCGACUACGUCCAUUUGUCUUCUUCAUGGACUCGUUCUUCUUUCUUGCGGGAUUUCAG